AUGAAUCCAUACCCGCGUCCCGACUUCCAACGACCGUCUCUCAACUGGAGUUCCCUAGACGGGACCUGGGAUUUUGUCUUCGACGAUGACGACGCUGGCCUGUCGCAGCAGUGGCAUUCCAAGGGCAUCCCUGACAGCGCCGCAGCGCGCGCCAUCCAAGUGCCGUAUGCCUUCCAGACGCCCGCAUCGGGCAUUGACAGCCACGAGGCCCACGAGGUGCUCUGGUACGAGCGCCAAAUCACAGACAUCCGCACGCCGGACGAGCUUGAGUGCGGUCACCGACUCCUGCUCCGUUUCGGCGCCGUCGACUAUGAAUGCACGGCCUGGGUCGAUGGCCAGCUGGUCGGAGGACACCGCGGUGGUCAUGUCCCAUUCGACCUCGAUAUCUCUGAUGCCGUGAGCGUCCGACAGACGACCUCCCCACAACGGUUGACAGUCCGUGUACGAGACGCGCCCUACGACCUUACGCAGCCACGUGGGAAGCAGUAUUGGGGUCCCGUGCCCCAGGAAAUUUUCUACACACCCACGAGUGGAAUCUGGCAGUCGCUGUGGCUCGAGAGUGUGCCCAGAAUGCGCCUAGCCAGCAGCAGUGAAGGCACCAUUCUGCGGUCUGACGAUAUCAAGGGUGGCCAACUUCACGCCCGCAUCGCCGUGUUGGGUCGUCCCAUGGCGGCACCAUGUCAGGUGGAGGUUGAAGCGAGUCUGACGGGUAUCAUUGUUAGUUGCAGUCGACAGGAACUGGGGCGAGAGAAGGACUACGUGAAUUUGGAUGUUGAUAUGCAUAUUACGGAUGCCCAUUCGGCACUGCAGCGAGCGCCGUUUAAUGCGAAUGGCGCCUGGCAUGACCGAAUUGCUCUGUGGGCUCCAGAACAUCCCGUUCUGUAUGAUUUGUCGCUGCGCCUGUUAGACGCCUCGGGGGCCGUUGUGGACGAAGUGCGGACAACGACAGGCAUGCGUCGCGUGUCCUGGCAGCAUGGCGAUGCUACCUUCCGUCUGAACGGACAACCCAUCUUCCAAACCCUUGUGCUUGACCAGGGCUACUGGCCGCAGACCGGGUUGGCCCCGCCGACGCAAGAAGCGCUGAAGGCCGAUAUUGAGAUGGCACAGAGCAUGGGGUUCAAUGGAUGCCGAAAGCACCAGAAGGUGGAAGACCCAGUCUUUCUCUACUGGGCCGACCGACUGGGAUUUUUGGUCUGGGGAGAGAUGGCCAAUGGCUACGUGUUUGGCGACGAGUAUAUGGCGCGCUACAACAGUGAAUGGAUUGAGGCCGUGAAGCGGGACCUCAACCACCCCAGCAUCGUCGUCUGGACGCCCUUUAAUGAGAGCUGGGGCUAUCCAUCGCUGAAGGACAGCGUCGACCAGCGCAAUCACAUCCGCAUGGUGUACUAUUUAACAAAGAACCUCGAUCCCACGCGUCCCAUCAACGACAACUGCGGCUGGGAGCAUGUGCAGACCGACCUCACCACCUACCAUGACUACUCAGAUUCCCCCCCGCGCUGGCUGCAUCUUGUGCGGACUUUUCAGCGGGCAUUCUUGGCCUCAAGACGAAUCGCGACAUUGAUUUGCUCCGAGUUCGGCGGCGUCAAUAUUCUCCCCGCGCAGGGAACGGUAGCCGGUGAUCGAGACUGGGGAUACACCACCGCCAGGGAUCCGGAGGACCUGCUGCGGCGCCUGGAGAAGCUGGUGAUGGCGGUGGUAAAAGGUGGCCAUUCCUGCGGUCUCGUAUAUACCCAACUGUAUGAUAUUGAACAGGAGGUCAAUGGGUUGUACUCGUACGAACGCCAGGCAAAAGUCCCCGUUCCCAGAGUCAAAGCCAUCAUGGAUGCCGCUCAGAGGUACUAUCAUGAGGUCCUCGCGCCGAAGUGA